CACUCGCACGAAAAGCGUCAUCCUAAUGGUACCUAGGCGUCUAUAUAAACAGACUCUUCAGAAGAAAUGUGCACAUCAACUGUGACAUAACCAACCGCGGGGAUUUCAGCUCUCUAGUUAAUAUGCAAGCCAUCUGUAUUUUCCUGGGUGUGAUCGUGGCAUGUUAUGCCGCAACCACCCAUCGACCCCCUCACACCACGCAUGCGCACAAUACGGGCCCCACGCACGAGCCAGCGGAAACGGACUCGAUUACCUUCCAGUUUCAACCUCUCACAUUUCACCUUCUAGUGAAGACCCACCCGGAUAAAAUGACCUACAACUGCUACAUCGCAGCCCUCUCCGACUCCGAGCAUGCGCAGAUCCACACCGACGCCGGUAUGAGGGCUGUCGAGCUGAGAAUUCUGGCCUCUCUCGGAAGCGCCACGGCCGUCACCGACGUCAGCACGCUUGACAAACGUGACGUCACUACCUGUACCUCGCACUUCUCCAUGCAGCCUCACUACUUCACCAUCACCGUCUAAUUCACAUUCGCAUUUAUCUUAUUACGUAAAAUAACUGAACAUAAAUAAAGAUAAUGAUAAAGAUAAAGAAGCUUCAUUUAACGUCGCAUAUAAUCAACAAGUAACAUUAGCUAUACAGCUAUUGUGCGACAAACAAGGAAUCCACUAACGAAAUGCAUAUCUAAAAAUCAUUUAUGUAUAUGAGUUAUUUUUCUUUAGUGUAAAAAGAGACCGUGUAACCUUUAAGCAACUAUAUGUGAUUGCAAAACAAUUAUUUUAUCUAUAUUUGCUUCAGAACGAUACAGUAAUUAAAUGGCGAAUUAACAAAGAAAAUAAGAUUUGUUCGAUUCUAAUUUAAUCUGCUAUUCGAACAAUUAAGCUGAGAAGGUUAUAUUAUAUUAUAUCGAACCCUUUCGUGAAAAAUAGGUAUAAUGUGCCUUCUUUUUCAAUCUCAUAUGGUACCUCAUAUGAGGAUUGAAACAGUAUUAUACGCUGCAUUUAGGCUGACUCAACUGAAUUAUUAUUAUUGUAUCUAUUGAAAGAUCAAAAAGUGUCACACUCAUUAAUUAAACUGAUUUAAACAAUUGGACGUGCAUACAACCAAGAAAUCAAGAAACAGAGAUAUUCAAAGACAUUGUGUAAUACUUGUAAAUAAAUAUAUUUAUGUAUUUAUGUAACGUAUACCUUAACAUUUGCUUACUAAGCUUGUCAUACUUUCCUUACUAAGCAUAUGCCGAAAAGAUACACACAUUAUGUCUUUGACGAUAUAAGGUAUCGGUUUGCCAAAGACCAAGAAUAGACAGGGGGGGGGGGGCACAUGGGGUAUGUCUGUGGCAGCUGGGUUAAAGCUUAACACUGAUAUGCAUUACAAUUGAAAUGCUAGUAUGAAGAAAGACUUUUAAAUAUUUUUUUGCUAUUCUUUGGACUUAGGUUGCACUAGAAAUAGCACUGUUGUCAUUUGAAGGCAUUUCAAUUUGUAAUCAAACAAGACAAAUUUGUUGAUUCGUUACAGAAAAUUACACAAGCGUACCAUACAACUCGUAUCAAAUGACUGACAAUAUAAAUGUUUGCUUAAAAGAAGGAUCAUUUAUUGAUCAAAAUCGUUGAAACUGUCGCUAUGCUUUUAAGUCGAAAGCAUUUGUCAUCAUGCUUAACAAUAACUGUGAUGAAAAAUAUGACGCUAUACCAUUUCUUAAGCAAGAUGUUUGCUUAAAAAUAAAAAAACCUUCAAUUA